GCUAUAUUUCCAAAAAGGAGCUCUCUUAUUCCUAGGACCUUAAUCCCUCUCCUCCAGCUAUCCAAGAACUGCUGAAAAUGUUUCCAAAAUGUUGGAAUUUUAUAAUUAUUUCCGUUCUUCUUUCUCUUCAGUUAGUAGAUGGACAGCCUUUUGAUUAUCCUACUGCAAAUUUGUCUACUACGUGGAUCAAUAGUGUCUCAGCUAACCAUUCUGUUGAUUUUACAGAUGGCUCAAAGGUGAGAGCCAUUCUGCUCAGAGGAACAUUUGGGCCUAGAUAUGCUUGUGGAUUCUUUUGCAAUGGCACAUGUGAUAGCUAUAUGUUUGCAAUCUUUAUUGUUCAGACUAACAGUGUUUCAUACAUUGUCAUGCCAAGCUCAGGAUUUCCACAAGUUGUCUGGUCGGCUAAUCGAAAUAAUCCUGUCAAAAUCAAUGCAACCCUGCAACUUACAUCAGGAGGAGAUUUGGUUUUACGGGAUGCUGAUGGGGCUUCAGUUUGGUCUACAAACACGACAGGAAGAUCCGUCGUAGGUUUAAACUUGACCGAGGAAGGAAACCUGGUUCUCUUUGAUAUGAAUAACUUGGUGGUCUGGCAAUCUUUUGAUCAUCCUACUGAUUCUUUGGUUCCAGGGCAAAAAUUGGUAUCUGGGCAGAAGUUGACGGCUAGUGUUUCAAUUACCAACUCAACUGAAGGAGGUUUGUUUUCUGUUUUUGUUAACAACGAAGGUUUGUUUGCUUCUGUAAAAGCAAAUCCUCCACAAAUUUAUUAUCAACAGUUAGUUGAUAAUACAAAGGCAAAUAAAGAAGCAAGCUAUGCCAAGUUCCAAAACGGAAGCUUAGCCUUGUAUAUACAUUCUUCUGAACCAAGGGAUCCGGAUUCAGUGAUUGCCCUGCCUCAGAUUUCCUCAGCUCAGUACAUGAAAUUGGGGUCCGAUGGGCAUUUGAGACUAUAUGAGUGGGCAGACGGGUGGAAAGAGGUGUUUGAUAUUCUUACUGGUUAUCUUGGUGAUUGCAAUUACCCCACGGUUUGUGGAGAAAAUGGCAUCUGCUCGAAUGGGCAGUGCAGUUGUCCAAGAUCAGUCAAUGCUUCAAUGAACUAUUUUACACAAAUAAAUGGAAGGCAGCCAAAUCUUGGCUGUUCUGAGAUCACUCCUUUGAAUUGCAAUGCUUCACGAUAUCAUAAUUUUCUUGAGCUAAAAGAUAUGACUUACUUCACAUUGAAUGCAGAUAUUACUAGUACCAAUAUGGAUAGCUGUAAGCAAGCAUGUCUAGGUAACUGUUCGUGUAAAGCAGCUAUAUUCCGUUAUGGUUCAAAUUCUUCUAAUGGGGAUUGCUAUUUACCUGCCCAGAUCUUUUCAUUGAUGAACAAUGAGCAGGACAAGACUCAUUAUAAUUCAUCUGUGUUCAUGAAGGUGCAGAUCACACCAAAUGCAUCAGCUCCUGCAAAAACUUCUCCUAAAGGACACAACAUUGUGGUACUGGAAAUCUUGUGUGGAAGGAAAAUUGUCGAUAGAUCUGAGCCAGAGGAACGAAUGCAUUUGCUUAGUCUUUUCAAGCAGAAAGCAGAAGAAGGAAAGUUGGUGGAUAUGAUUGAUCAAUAUAGUGAAGAUAUGCAGUCUAAUAGAGAAGAUGUUGUGAAGAUGAUGCAAGUUGCAGCUUGGUGUCUGCAGAGUGACCAUGCUAGUAGACCUGCAAUGUCAGUGGUGGUCAAGGUCUUGGAGGGUGUUAUGGAUACUGAAACAAAUCUGGAUUAUGGCUUUAAAAGACCAAGCAUCUCCUCCACGAGCAAAUCACAAGUUGGCUCAGAAGAAGUCACUGCUUUAAUUCCAUCUGUUCUCUCUGGACCAAGAUGAUCCUAAUGCUCUUAGAUUAGGCCCUUCUCUUAGGUUCCAUAUUUGUAUGACUAUUUCUUUUAGGAAGAAAAUGUACCAUAGUCUUCUUUUCUUGAUGAUAUUUAUUAACUGUUUGGAUCAAAUUCCUUUUUUUUUCCAGGUGCGACUUAUUAUGUAAUGAGGGCAAUGCCUCUAUUAGGUUUUUUUUUUGGCAGAUAAAAUUCAAUUAUUUUC